AUGAAGUUGGAUUGCGCAUAUCAAACGCCCAGACCGACGAAGAAGGACCAGUCAAUGGCAGUCGCCAUUAAUGCCAUCAGACGAUUGGAAGCCAAAGUCGAGGAUCUCACCACGGCCAUCAACACACAGAAGAGUUCCCAGAUGGCCCCUCCGCCGUCUAUUGAUCACCGUUCUCCAGCUUCCGUCAUGUCCCAACCAAGUCCUGGAAUAACGACCUCAGGAACAACAUUGUCAGCACCUCGGCGUGCCAGUGAGUACGACAAUGGAACUUCACCACGGACUACCGAAGGAACUCCUGGAGACUAUCCAACAUUAGGAACGGGCAAUGGCAGGGUCCAACUGUCUUUUAGCCAGCAUGGUGUGGCAAUGUGGCCGGCCAUCAGACAACUCCUUCCACCAGCCUUUUCGGCGGCUCGCGAUGCUCUUUCAAAGGAUUAUGUCGUGGACAUUGAAAGCCAAAGGCCCCCUUUGCCCAUGAUCAUCGACGUGCCUAUGGACGCCUUUUCCGAGCAGUGGCUCACCCGUUUACCGAUCUCUGUGAUCAGGGGCCUGGCGAAUGCCUAUUUCGCCGUUUUCCAUAGGAGUAACCCCGUCCUCGACAAAUUCUAUUUCUUCUCCCACACUCUGACCCAGGCCAUGGAGAACGACUUUGGCUACGACAUUGAGACAAGCUUAGUGCUCGUUGUGCUCGCACUUGGUUGUUUGGCCGUGAGGGCGCACGAAGAAGGGAACUUCCCUCUACCGUCGAGAUAUGCGAUGGUUGGGGAAGGCUUCGUCCGCCCAGACUGGUACGAAUACGUCUUAGACGAGCCCCCAGGCCUGAAAUUCUUCAACGAGGCACGAAAGAGGUUUGGAUUCCUCAUGUGUCAGAGCGAUCUUCAGACGGGGCAGUUCUACAUGUUGUCGACUUUGUAUUAUGCUCAGAUUCUGCGACCAUUCGACUCGUGGGUCACUGUCAAUCGCGCUGCUCUCUGCUGUGUGACUAUACUCAAGCGGGUUGACAGUAUCAACUUCGAUGAGUGGGAAGGCGACAUGUUUGUACGGCUAUUCUGGAAUACGCUCAUGUACGAGGUCAUCAUCACUCAGGAACUCCUUUUACCAUUGAGCCGACUGCUGGAAUGGGAGACUGAUAUGCCGAUACCCAAAUUCACACCAAGUCCACGACCUAAGACUUCGAUAUCUGGCCUUGUGAUAGAUGAGGACGACUCCUUUUUCAACUUUCACUUCCUAGCUCAAGCAGCGCAUCGCAUCAUCCUCACGCGGUUGCGGUACAACAUGUAUCAAUUUUCUGAUAAGGAGGGCGCUCCAACAGCGAGCAUGACUGCCGAAAUGCGGCAUCAAUUGGAACAAUGGCGGACGAACCUACCACCUUCGUUACAAUUUACAGACGACGAAAAUCUUGAGCUCUCGCCCAGCCCAGCACAUGUUUUCGCAAAGGCGAUGCUCCGAAGUCGCUAUUUAGUGGCCAAAUUUCACCUUGGCCGACCAUUCCUGUACAAGGCAUUGCACUACUCGCCUGGCCAAAUUAGCGACAACGAGUACCGCGAAAUCGCCGAUGGCUUGAAAGGGGGCAUGUAUUGGCCGACAACAAUGGGCCUAUGUACACAGAUGAAAGCAGCGCUGCCAUUGAAAUUCGGCUGGUGCUCGCAAUGUUUCGGGCAAGUGUUGAUCAUCCAUGCCGUGGCGCGUUCCCCCGAUGCGAGACUGAGGGAGAGUUUGCCGGCCGGAUGGGAGGAUUGGGUGAAAAUCAUGGUGCAGCUGAUCGAAGAUUGUGGGAAAUACAGCCCAGGGCUCGCGCAAGAUGCGGCAUUGUUGCGCUUGAUCUAG